AUGCCCUGCCGGUUGUCUCCCACGGCCGCGUCUCUGGAGUUGACCAGGGACCUGAUCCUGAAUGAAGAGGUUUCUCCGCGCGUGGCCAACACCUGGCUCAUGGCUCUCAACUUCAUUCCCAGCGUGGACCAGGCCAUGAUGGAGACGGCCGGCGGCCUGCUGCAGGUGCGACAGCCGGCCGUGCGGACGCGCGCGCGGCUGGCGGUCGGCGCCGUGCUGCAUCAGUACUGUCGACAGCACGCCGACUGUCAAACCAACCACGUGGCGCUGGAGAUUAUGGCCGAGAUGGCGCGGCCUCUGGGCGACAGCUGCCGCGCCGACACCGAGCAGGACGAGAAGCAGCUGCUGCUGACGCUGCGAUCCAUCGGCAACGCCGGUCUCUCGCCGCCUGGCGUCGUCAACACGCUGAACGAAUGCUUUCUGAGCCGCGACAACCCGGCCCGGGUCAAGGUGUCUGCCAUCGAGGCGUUCAGACGGUUCAGCUGCCGGGUGCACCGGGACGCCAUGCGCGCCGUGUUCCGAGACCUGGCCGAGGACAGCGAGGUGCGCAUUGCCGCCUACCUCGGUCUGAUGCGCUGUCCCUCGCACCAGGAGAUCGGCCUGGUGCGCGCCGCCCUGGAGCAGGAGCAGGUCAAUCAAGUGGGCUCCUUUGUCUGGACCCACCUGAGUAAUUACAGGAGACGUCAUCUCCGUACCAGCUAG